UUCGCAUUUUCCUCCGCCGAACGGAAAACUCAAUAACGCGCAUCGCUAAAUUAGAAAUUUGCAUCAAAGGAAUCUAGGAGCCAAACAGGAACUCUAAUCCACAAUGGUUGUAUCCGUGAAGGUCUUCAAGAAGGCCACGCCCAACGGCAAGGUUACCUUCUAUCUGGGCCGCCGCGACUUCAUCGACCAUCUGGACUACUGCGAUCCCGUGGACGGGGUCAUCGUGGUGGAACCGGACUACCUGAAGAACAGGAAGGUCUUUGGCCAACUGGCCACCACCUAUCGCUAUGGUCGCGAGGAGGACGAGGUCAUGGGAGUGAAGUUCUCCAAGGAAUUGAUUCUGUCGCGGGAGCAGAUCGUUCCGAUGACCAAUCCGAACAUGGAGAUGACUCCGAUGCAGGAGAAGCUGGUGCGGAAGCUGGGCGUGAAUGCCCAUCCCUUCACCUUCCACUUUCCGCCCAAUUCGCCCAGCUCGGUGACCCUGCAGCAGGAGGGCGACGACAAUGGGAAGCCCCUGGGCGUGGAGUACACCAUCCGGGCCUUUGUGGCCGACUCCGAGGACGAUCGGCAGCACAAGCGCAGCAUGGUCAGUCUGGUGAUCAAGAAGCUCCAGUAUGCUCCCCUUAAUCGAGGACAACGCCUGCCCAGCUCGCUGGUCAGCAAGGGAUUCACCUUCUCCAACGGCAAGAUCAGUUUGGAGGUCACUCUGGAUAGGGAGAUCUACUAUCAUGGCGAGAAGACCGCCGCCACCGUUCAGGUGUCGAACAACUCGAAGAAGUCGGUGAAGAGCAUCAAGUGCUUCAUUGUGCAGCACACCGAGAUCACCAUGGUGAAUGCCCAGUUCAGCAAGCAUGUGGCCCAGCUGGAGACCAAGGAGGGCUGCCCCAUCACCCCGGGCGCCAAUCUGACCAAGACCUUCUACCUGAUUCCCCUGGCGGCCAACAACAAGGAUCGUCAUGGUAUUGCCCUGGAUGGUCACCUCAAGGACGAGGACGUCAAUCUGGCCUCAUCCACCAUGGUGCAGGAGGGCAAGUCCACUGGAGAUGCCUGUGGUAUUGUCAUCUCGUACUCGGUGCGCAUCAAGCUGAACUGCGGCACUCUGGGCGGCGAAAUGCAGACGGAUGUGCCCUUCAAACUGCUCCAACCGGCACCGGGAACCAUUGAGAAGAAGCGCUCGAACGCCAUGAAGAAGAUGAAGUCCAUCGAACAGCACCGCAAUGUGAAGGGCUAUUACCAGGACGACGAUGACAAUAUUGUUUUCGAGGACUUUGCCAAGAUGCGCAUGAACAACGUCAACAUGGCCGACUAAUCAUUAUCUAUAGCUUUGUUGUGAACCGGAAAACGGAACCGAAUUUAACCAAACCGAAUCGAAAGCACUGAAAACUUGUUGCAGCAGUCUCUCGUGGAGGCCACAAUCUUUGUAUUAUAACCGUAUCUCUAUAACGCUCUCUGUGUAGUAACUUUGGUGGAUCUGGAGUUUGUACCCGUACAUAUGCAUGUUGAAGUGUUGAACCGACCUCGUGUCCCUACUAUAUUAUAAAUGUGUUAUGCCUAACUA